GACAAUUAUUGGUUCGAUGACAGGAGCGACACCAGAGAUAUCAAAGAUAUGAACGAUAACACUGCUGUGGAGGGCUUAUCUACAUAUUUGAAGCCAACUAUAAAGACGAUGAACCCGGAGUUGUCAUGAAGUGAAAUAAUGAUCUCCGCGGCCAGAAAAAAGUUGAAGAAAUGGUAAUUGAACUUAUGCCAUACACAAGGUUGGAACACUCACAACUUCCUCUCGGAGAAAACACGUGCAUGGGAGAUUGUUGCCACCAUUUUCCAACAAUCUGGUGGUCCCCCUUGCCAUUGCUCAUGGUUCCUAUCUCACUGGGUACAAAAACACUAGUUAUUUCCCACCAGAUAUCAAACCAGAAUUUGUGACAGCAAGAAAUUUCGGGUCAAUGGCCGCGGAGAAGAAAGAUACAUAUCUUGAUAGAGAAUCUAUGAAUUUCAUACAAAUCUUUUUGCUAGAAGAUUUUGAAAAUAUCCCCCACAAUCCUUAUCUACGAGGUGGGUCUAUUUCCGUUCUAGGCUUCGCUAAGCCUCGUCAAAGAUAAGAACCGACGACGCGACUCCCUCAAUCCAAACCUUUCAUCUCCCCUUCAGGGACUUCACGAAUCACAACAGCUACCAACCGCUCUUUGGCCAGUGACGACAAUGUCAUGGUACAUUAUAAACUGCGUCAUUGGUGGUAUUGAAUUUAAGGUUUAUUUACUCUAGACUUCUUUUGAUAAGGUUGUCUUGAGCCGUCAGUACGAUUAUUCAUCUAUGAAAAGUGUCUAUGAUUGACCUCGAUUAGAAUAUCACUGCCGCACAAGGUCACGAUCAGGGGAAAUUGAAUACAUCAUGCUUAGGAGCAUGAAUACAGAGUAGCCACUUGUUUCACGGUACCGUUUGCUUGCUGCCAUUCUUUCACCUGCCGAGGUGCACCAAUGUUGAAAACCCUUCAUGUUCCAAAUCAAAUUUCAAGGUGGUCGAUCUUUUGUA